AUGUGGUUGCUGCUGGUACUCUUUGCAAUGCCUCUAUUGACUUUCGUAUAUGUCUACAUAUCUAUCUUUAUCGUCCUGAUCUACGACAAGACCGUUAACUUAAAGGGAGAUUACACCAAUCACUGCACAACACUUUUGGCAUACCUCUGGGACAUCUAUGGAAAAAUAUGGCAUGGUUAUGAGGUACAUGGUAUAGAAAAUGUAUCAGAAGGACCAGGUCUUAUUAUUUAUUACCAUGCUGCACUUCCUGUAGACUAUCUAUUAUUUUUAACAAGGCUAUUUCUCCUGAAGAAGAGAAAAUGUCGUACAGUUGCUGAUCGCUUUGUCUUUAAAUUGCCAGGCUAUAAAAAAAUUCUAGAGGUAUUGUAUAUAAUGGCUGGUACAAAGGAAGAUUGUCUCAGUGUCCUGAAAGAUGGUCAUUUGAUAGCAAUUGCACCAGGAGGAACACGAGAAGCCCAAUUUAGUGAUCAUACCUAUAAGACUAUAUGGAGAAACCGUAUAGGCUUUGCUAAGAUUGCCAUAGAAGCAAAAGUGCCCAUCAUUCCUAUGUUCACACAGAACGUUCGUGAGGGAUACAGGACAUUUGGAAAAAUACAGGUAAUGCAAAGGCUGUAUGAAUCCAUUCGAUGGCCACUGCUUCCUGUGUAUGGUGGGUUUCCAGUCAAAUGGCGCACAUAUCUAGGAAAGCCUAUACCAUAUGAUCCAAAUAUAACUCCUGAAGAGCUGGCUGAAAAGGCAAAGAUUUCUCUUCAAACUUUAAUAGAGAGACAUCAAAAAUUACCAGGGAGUAUAGGAACAGCUCUUUUGGAACGAUUUUAUACAAACUCAAAGAAAGAUUAG